UUCCAAACUAGGUGGCAACUCUACCUAUAGCCCGCGCAACACACAAAUCGCUGCUGUGCGAAAGAGCACACACUACAGCUACAGUUCUUGGAGCGAGAGAGAGCGAGAGCAUAGGCUGAAAAACACGCGUUGCUGCAAAAAUUGCUUUGAUUUGUUUAAAUUUUCCAAACCAAGCGAGAUAUACAAUGUCUAGCUCCGGGAGGAAGCGCAAGCAGCAGCUAAAGCCACGUCUGGACGAACACCGCUCGCCGGUGAAGCGGGAUCGUGCCGACAUCAAGACGGAGCCCCUGGAUCGCUAUCCGGCACUGGCGGAUUAUGACCUGAGUACGGCAGACAUCAAGCCGGACCUUACGGAAUUGCAGCUCCAGCUGGCUGCCGAGCAGCGGGUGGUCACCAAUUCCACCACCCACACGGAGUUGGACCAGCAGGAGAGCGACUCAGAUGAGGAUGGCUAUUCAGAGACGAAUUACCACGCGGCCGAUGUCUUCUGUCAGGAUGAACCGGAUGACUAUGACCCGGAGUGGAGCACCCAGCAGGCGGGCAGCAGAUUGCUAUUUAAGUUCCACAUGCCAUCCCCUCAGACGGCACUGAAGGGCGUCCAGUGUCCGCUGCACUUCUUCAACCAACUGCUGGGCUACCGCUCCAAGUUCUUUGCCAUGAUGGCGAAAGGUUGCAACCUCAAAGGAGGAUUUCUAUCCACCACUGUCGAGGAGAUGGAAACCUUUGUAGGCCUCUCACUCCUCUUAAGCGACGUGAAGCUGGAACACCUAGCAGAUUACUGGAGCAGCAACAAGUACUAUGGUUUUGCCGGCUUCGGCGAGAAAAUGAGCAUGGAUCGUUAUCGCCAAUUGUUGCAUUCCCUAAACUUUGACGUUCUCCAACCUCAAGCGGGAAGGGCCAAGGACAAGAAUGAUUUCCCUCUGCUGAAUUUCAUCAACGAGCGCAUGGCGGAACAGCACAUAUGCGGCCAGCACCUGGUGCUCAAUGAUCCCAUUAUUCUUUGGAAGGGAAGAUUUAGCUACCACAAAGAUCUGCCCGACAAGUUCCGCUGCAACGCCCUGGUUCUACACUUGCUGACCGAGCAGAAUGGUCUGGUAGUGAAGCUCCUGCCCGAGAUUGUGCGACGUGAGGAUUCAACCGCCUGGGUACGCAACUCCCGGCAGCUGGUGGAACACCGAACCAAGCUGGGCUUAAAGCUUGUGGAAAAUCACCAAGGCGGACGGACUGUGUAUGCGUCAAAGUUCUACGGCAGCUACGGCCUGGCCUAUGAGCUGACCAAGAGGAGCACAUACUGUACUGGCAUACUGGACCGGAAUAGAUAUGGAAAUAGUAAGGCUUUGGUUCACCAACAGUUGGCUCCCAAUAGCAUCGCCACCAGCUAUGCCACCAGCCUGAUGAUGGCCAAGUGGCGUCGGCGGGAAAAGACCUUGUACUUCUUCAGCUCCGACUGCCUGGCCAUCUACGCCAAAGAGAUGUCCAUGCAGAAGACGAAUGCCAGACCCAAACUGAUCCAGGAGUUGGACUGGCAACUACGACAUAGCAGCGAGAGUCGUCAGCACCUGAUUCACUAUCAACCCGGCUGCCAGGACCUUCCCACAAACCAGAAACUGGCCAUCUUCCUCCUCAACAUCCUCGUGUACAAUGCCUAUUUACUAUACGUAGCCAAUGCACAGAACUCACGCAGUGGACGCGUCAAAAGCUAUUCGGAAUUCCGUGUGGCCAUUAUUAAGUCACUGCUUAAAGAAGAGGCCGCCAAGGAACCGCUGCCGGUCAGUCCCCAACUGGUAGAGAAACCCGAAAAGGGCAAGCAGAAACAAGUGGCAGAUGAAGCGAUAAAGGAGAUUGAGCAUGAGCCAGCUCAGAUCCAGCAGAAUGGGAAACCAGCACGAAAGAAUUGUCGCUAUUGCCAUAAGGGCGGUAUGUUGCAGUUCAGCAAGUUUAUGUGCAAAACCUGCCCGGACAAGCCGGGACUGUGCUGGGAGCCCUGCUUCCGUCUCUGGCAUGAGCAGCUCAAAAAAUAA